AUGCAGGGCAAAGCAAACCGGGCCUUGGGGCCCCGCGGCGGUGCAGCUCUAGGAAGGCCGAAGAAGGUUGGGGGCUGGGGCGAGGGAGAGUACGUGGGUACCAAAAUCCGAGCGAGCCACACACACACCCGGUUCCCGUUGGGGGAAGAUGCAGGAGCCCGAACAGCGCGGGAGCUGCCCUAUAGGCUGCGCCCCACGCAAUUCCCCAAGCCGGAGCAGGUGAAGUCUCUGAAGAAUUUGGAGACUGUUGCGGCCCCGCUGCUGUUCUGGCCCGCAGCCUGCGGAUUGGGGGCGUAUCGCUCCCUGGAGUUCCGCAGGCCUGAGCCGCAGCUGGGCCGACGCUGGGAAGACAGGUGUGUGCUGCCCAACCCCGGAGCACGGGGAAGCGUCUGGGAACGAGAUAGGAACGCCCGGGGGCUAGUCCGUCGGGAGGAAUCAUCUGGCAUUCAAACAGCUCCGAGGUCUGUUGCUGCAGAUCGGUCCGCGCCGCGGGAGCCAGAGGAGAGCCAGGCCAGACCCGGCAGACGCGCACGCCACCCAGCGCCGGCUGGCGCAGGUCUCAGCCCGGCGUUCCUUCCCUCAUUUAGGCAGAACACUUAG